UAAACCAGUAUAUACCCGGAUAUUGUCGAGUGGAUACAAGUGCUUCGAAUUCACUUUUUGAGAUAGAAGUUCAAGUAAGAAAUAGUGAAAAUGGUUUUUGUCUCGAUCAAAGUUUUCCAAAUGGAAGGUCAGGACACUUCCGAGGCGGAUCACACUCACACACACACACACACACAGCUCUUUUUCCAAACGUACAUAUUAAACAAAUAUUCAAACUAGUUUGAGUAAGUCUUAAAAGUACAGACUACAAAAGUUCACGUGUUGUAAAAUUGAAAUAAAAAUGAAAUAACAACAAAGCAUCUAGCUUUAAAAUUGUGACGAUGAACUUAAAUGUUUGAACAAUAAAAGAAACUAUUUUGAAAGAUAAAUCAGCAAUCAAUUUGUGUUCAGCCCCAUGGAGUUCUUGUUCAUUACAUAUAGACUUUGGAAAUGUCAGAAUUCUUUAUUGGAGAGGAAAAUCAUUGAACCAAAACUGCUAAAAUAAAAUUAUUACUGGCAUCCUUCAGUCGUAAGACGACUAUAGUUCAUCUCGAACUGAAAUAAAAUACACAUAUGUAAAAUUAGAAGAAAAAAAAACCUUGCCGAAGACAAACUCAGAGGACGAAAAGGAAACCAAAUUUAGACCUUCAGUGGAAUAGGCUUUGUCUGCAGUAGAUGUAACAAAAUAUGUAGGUCGCAGCUGAAUUUUGAGUAUUCGUGUGAAACACUGCACUCAUAAUUAGUCCAGGGAAUCUUGAACAUUACUUUUAAUUGAACUGACGUACAAAAUAUGGACAUAGCAAAAAGGACCCGGCAUUCAUGAAGAAAUCUGUCUCAUGUCCACUUUUCUUGUGAUUAAAAUUGCCAGUCCCCGAUACGCAUCAUCGGUCAUAAGUCAGGCAUAGCAAUCUUCAGACGCUGUAGCGUUUUCAGACUUCUUCUGGUUUGUUCACCAUCUUAUAUUUAGGAUCUUCACGCUUGACUGCACUGUGGGUGUAUUCUGUACUUUUCUUCUACCACAAACGAAUGGCGUCAAGCUUGAAGAGCUUCAUGUUGCAAUGCUAAGCUGAAGGAAAUAGAGCACUCAGAUUUAUUAGGAGGGAAGGAUACAACAUGGAAGGCUUUAGUUUAAAUGUUUUUCUACUAUUCAGUUUUAUUGGUAUUGUCCAUUCGUCACUGUACAAAGAAAACAUAUUUGUUUACGCCUGCGAUGGAAGUCCUUGUAGUAAAUCUACUAUAGACGUGAACUUUGAGGUGGUUGAUUGUUCCGGGCGCUCACUUCAGUGUGUCUCCAAGACUUGGUUCUCAAACAGCACCAAUGAAAUAAGGCUUCAGAACAAUUUGUUAACAGUCGUAUUAGAAGACACAUUAAAUGAUCUAAGAGGACUUGAAAUAUUGUAUCUUCAGGAUAAUGCACUAAACGAUAUUAAGCCCAACGCUUUCCAAAGACUCUAUAAUCUACAAUAUCUUAACCUCGAAAACAACAAUUUGGUACUAUUUGAUCUGCCUGUUACUAUUUUUUGUGAUUUGAUAAGUUUAACAGAACUAAGAUUAGUGCAAAAGUUUGAAGACUCACAGGAAGUAGAUAACAGAAACGCCAGUUUUCCAGACCAGAUGUUUGGAUGUUUACGAAAUUUACACAGUCUUCGUGUUAGCGUUAUAACAAGCACGUUAUAUUUUAACGCAGAGUUUCAGAAUCUUAAAUAUUUGUCAACUCUAUAUGUUACGGGAACAUUCCAUUCUAUUGAACAGAACAGCUUCGAGAACGUGCAGUAUGUCACAAGCUUAGAGCUAAGAAACUGCGAGGCAAUCAAUAGGUUUAGUGACUUAGCACUAGGGGCUUUUAAUCAUUUGUCCUCAAUUAGUUUCUCGAAUGUUCCAAUAGGACUUCAGAAAACAUUGCACGUUUUUCGACCUUUAGUGAAUACUAACAUAUCUUUCAUAAAUUUGUACAGGGUACAAUUAGAAAAUCGACGAUUAAUGUCGAUUUUGACUAAAGAUGGAAUGCUUACUGGAAAUAGUACUAUAUUUUUACAGCAGAUUUGCUUAAACACACUACAACUGCAAGAAAACUAUAUUUUUGUUAUAUUCAAGGAGGCUUUUAGAAGCGACAAACUAACAAGUUGUCUGAAGACAUUAUACGUCUUCGAAAACGACAUUCUCGGAGAUCUAAUGGCAUUGUAUGACAUUUUAAAUUUGCUCAAUUUAAAAAGUGUGGCUUUCGGGGAUCCUCAAUUUAUGGUGUGGGAUCCCACUGCUUCUUUAGAUGUUUUUAAUUCUAACACAGGGAAGCGAGAAAUAUCUUUCAAAAGCCCCGGCAUUCUGAUGGAAUUUGCUUCAAACAAAGUAAUGUUGAAAGGAAAAGAAAAUUCGCAGUUUUUAAAAAGCUAUUUACAGAAUGUUAAUACAAGUAUUAUGGAUACAUCAUUAGCUAUCUCGAAAUCCAUUACAAAGCUCGAUUUUAUGUCCCUUUUCUCAGGUAUCACGCUUGAUCACAUUUAUCGAUUUGAUGGAGGCGACAAUGUAAAGUCUCUAAACUUUAGACAUAAUAAUAUUAAAAACUUUGUGUUUCCAGUAUUAGGACUUCCAAAACUACAAAAGCUGUAUUACUCAUACAACGAUAUGUCUGUACUAUCCAAUAAUUUUUUUGAUGUGUACCCAGCUCUCCAGACAAUAUUUCUAGACAACUGUAAACUGAGCAGCUUCUUCAUGGGUAAAAACAGUUCGAGAGUGUUUCAGUAUCUUCCUGAAUUGCAACAAUUGGACUUAUCGUUUAAUUCUCUUGACCUGAUGGCUCCAAAUACUUUUCAUAGCAACCCCAGGUUAAACCAGUUAAACCUUUCAUGCAACCGUUUUAAACGUAUUCCAUUCGAUCUUGCGCUGACACCAAAUUUAUAUCAACUUGAUAUUCGAAAAAAUGUUAUAACGUCAUUAACUAGAGAGGAGAUGGCUAUCAUAGAGAACAAUAGAAACAAGCUUGGUGACUUUCAACUUUUCUUAGAAGGAAAUAUUUUAUCGUGUGAGUGCGAACAUCUUCCUUUCAUUCAAUGGCUUCUAACGACAACUGUUUCUUUGGAUGACGACAGAAACUAUACCUGUAUAAACAGUGACGGUGGACUAAGUUACACACUGGAUUAUGUAAAUAUUGAAGGAAUGUGGCGUAAGUGCUGCGGUCAGUUUUUUCUAGAUAUUUCUAUCGUCCUUAUGUAUUUACUCUGCUCUGGAUAUCUGGUAGUUUUACUGUGGGUCAAAAAUAAGACAUUAAUCGUUUCGAGCAUUUUACAAUUAUUCACCAAUAUGAAACUUAAGAAGCUAUCCGAUUAUAAAUAUGGAGUGUUUAUAGGGUAUUCAGACAGGGAUUAUCAAUUUGCCUGCAGCACACUGCGAAGAUUUAUCGAAGAGGAACUAAGGCUUACAACAUUCGUGCGUGACCGUGACCUUUCACCCACAAUGGCAGAAGCGGAAGGGCUGAUGGAGGCCAUGAACUCCAGCUGGAAGAUAGUUUUAGUUGCUAAUGAAAGCUUCAUCGCUCACAAUGAGUGGUUUCUCUUUACCGUUCGUUCUGCAGCCUACUCUGUGGGUCCAGCCAAUCCAUCUCGUGUUAUUGUAUUGGUGGAAGAGAAAUGCAUAAGCAGACUGCCCACGGACUUGCUAGCUUCUGUCCCAGAGGACAAUAUUAUUUUAGUGCUCGAUUGGCAUCUGACGUACAACAUACAACAAGCUUUAAUAACACGACUCAAAUGAUGAAUUAGAUACGUUACAAUGUACUAACUCGACUCAAAUGAUGGAUUAGAUACGUUAUAUUCUACUAACUCGACUCAAAUGAUAGAUUAGAUACGUUACAUUCUAUUAACUCGACUCAAAUGAUAGAUUAGAUACGUUACAUUCUAUUAACUAGUCUCAAAUGAUGUUACAUUCUACUAACUAGUCUCAAAUGAUGUUACAUUCUACUAACUAGUCUCAAAUGAUGUUACAUUUUACUAACUAGACUCAAAUGAUGGAUUAGAUACGUUACAUUCUACUAACUAGUCUCAAAUGAUGUUACAUUCUACUAACUAGUCUCAAAUGAUGUUACAUUCUACUAACUAGUCUCAAAUGAUGUUACAUUCUACUAACUAGUCUCAAAUGAUGUUACAUUCUACUAACUAGUCUCAAAUGAUGUUACAUUCUACAAACUAGUCGACUCGUUCAAGAUACAUCUCCUUUCUGGUGUUCUCCAUUUUACCAAAUAGAAAACUACCAGCGGAAACCUCAGAAGAAGGUAAAACUACAAAAUAAAUCUAACAUCUUUCAGUCAAUAGUCUUCUUCGUGUUGAAUGGGGUAAAGUAAUUAGAGAAAGGAAUACGAAAUGUAGUUUUCUUUCUGAAGCCACAAGUUACACUAACACUAUUUUGUCCUAGAGAAAGGAAUACAAAAUGUAGUUUUCUUUGUUGAAGCCACCAGUUGAUUACAUUGGCUAAUUUGAGGCCUUUUAUUACCGUUUAUGACAUUUUGUUGCUAAAUUAUUUUGAUUUAUAUUAUUUCUAAAAUGUUUUCUCUAAAAGUAUGUACUUAAGUUAUAAUGGAAAUACAUUGAACACAUUUAUUUACAUUGUAUUGUAAGUUGUGCGAAACUCCUAUAUGAACGAAAGUUUUUUUUUAUUUUUAUUUUUUGCAAAGCUUAUGUCAACCCAAUCUGUCUGUCUGUCUGUCUGUCUGUCUUGUACAAAUUCUAAAUGCGUAACGUCUUCCAGAUACUUUCGCGAAUCAAGUCGAAACUUAACACACUUUUUUAAUGUACCUAGCAAAACAUGAACCAAUAAAGAAAAAAACAACUAGUUAAUUAAUUAUUUUUUUAAAGUUGCCCCUUUCAGACCUCGCUAUCUUUGGGGCAGAACAUGUAAAGAUUAUCUGUUUUUUGUGUCCCACGGUUAACGAAGAUGUCAUGUGGCCAGCACAAAGACCAAGUACGUCAUGUACGCAUUAGAGCACUCUGAGGUGCCCUGAAGUUGUCGAAAUUAAAAAUCAUUCACAAAGCCGGGACAUCCUAGCUCGUAAGUCAAGCCACUCAGCCAUCGCGCCUCCUACUCAAUUAAUAACUGGUAAUUUAUUAUUUAGCGUGAUAACAAAAAAAGGAAAUGAAUCCUUUAGUAUUAAGAGAUAUGGCUAAAUAUUGGGGUCCCGUCCUCUUAGAUAAUAUUUUUUUCCUCACAAAUUCUCUAAUCAAGUUAAAAAUAAACUUCAUACAAUUAUUUAUUGUACAUAGCUAAACAUGAAUCAAUUAAAAAAAUAAUCUGUCAACUAAUUAUUACUAAUUAAUUAUUUUGUAUGAAACCGAAAAAGGGAAAUAAAUUCUACAACAUUGAUAAAUAUAGUUGUACAUGUGGAGUACUUCCCUCAAGAUAUGCCUUUUUUUUUAUAAAGUGCAUCUUUCACGUUAAUGGCAUUCUCAGUACCUUACGCGACCCUGUUUCUUGCAUACACCAGGAAUGUGAGGAGCUAUGGGAGUAUUUGGGAAAAGGUUUAGCGUGAGGCGGUCUGCAAACUAAAUUUCUCUCAAGUCGCGUUUCGACUUCGAGCCAAACGGUUUGUGCCUCUAAGCCACAUAUGCCACUUAUCUUUUAUCUUUCUGUCUGUAUGCAAAUGAUCCACGUGAGUGUGAAUAUUGACAGUCUCAUCUCUGUUGACGAAUAAAUGAUCCUGUUAGUUUAAUAUACCAGAAAACAAAAACAUUAGUAAUUCUCUUUUGGAAAGGUACAAAAGGGGCAACUGCUUACAAUACUAGAUUGGCUCAGAUUUAAUAUGACUUCAAUGUAUCAUUGAAAACUGUAUGUUAAGAUUAAUAUGUUUUUUUUUAUGACACUAAUUUUAAUGUCACAUAAUGUACGCGUCAAUGUCUCCUCGUUCGAUUCAAUAUGAUUCUACAACAAAUGAAAUCGAGAAGAGCGUGUAAUACUAAAAAUAUACAACGGAUUUUCCCAUAGUACUAAAAAUAAAAGUGUAGCUAUUCCUCAGAGGCUGUAGAAAUUAAUGAUUAGGAAGGGUGUCUCUACAUGGGGAAUACAAUAAGCGCGGAUUGUAAAUUAAUGAAAAUAACAAAAUAAGUUAAUGUUAGAUAUAAAGUCUAAUCUUGUAAAUCAUUUAUUGAAAUUAAAUAAAUAAAUUAAUAAAAUAUAUUGUGUACUUUUAGUGUGUGCUUUAUAUUUACACGAGGAUUAAAAGAAAAUUAUUUCUCUAAGUUGAUAAUAUUCAAGGAUGUUCUAUUUUUAUUUACAUAUGGUGUCGAAUGUUCAUUGAUUUAGUUUUGUAUUUAUUUACAUACAAUUAGUUUUUUUCUUUGUUAAUUUUUAAAAUAACAAAUGGGUAGCCCAUGCACAAUGAUUCGAUAUCUUAAUCAAUACAAAAUAGAUAAAUGUAUAUCAACUAGCACUGAACACCGGCUAUGUCAAUUUCAAUAAAACGACCGGAACACUGUAUGACGUAGGCCUACCGCUGUCCCAAAUAAUAUUCUGGUGGGGACCCUUCAACCCCAAAAUCUUUUUUUUUUCAGUUCAAAUGAAACGGCUAUCUUUUUUUUUUUUACGCUUUCCUAAACAAAUUUUGGCCCUUUAAUUAAUAAUAAUAAUAAUAAUAAUAAUAAUAAUCUUUAUUAUCCGUAAGGAAAUUUGUCUUACAAUUUGUGCAUUACAAAUUGUAGUAUUUGUUCCCUUUUGAUUGGAAUGACCUACAUUUAUAACGCCCCCCCCCACACACACACGCACAGACCUACACCCAUUUUUGACCAGCGAAAUUUAGUAUCACUUUUUCUUCCUCUUUCCCAAUUAUUCUUAUUUGUUUAUUCGACACUUCGUGCGGUAUGCGCUCUGAACUGUCGCCUCGACUUGUCUCGGAUUCGAGCCCCCGCCCACCGUCAUGCUCCACCGACAUGCUCCACCGUCAUGCUCCACCGUCAUGCUCCACCGUCAUGCUCCACCGUCAUGCUCCACCCUCAUGCUCCACCAUCAUGCUCCACGGUCAUGUUCCACCGUCAUGCUCCACCCUCAUGCUCCACCCUCAUGCUCCGCCGUCAUGCUCCACUGUCAUGCUCCACCGUCAUGCUCCACCGUCAUGCUCCACCGUCAUACUUAACUGUCAUGCUCCAUCGUCAUGAUUCACUGUCAUGCUCCACCGUCAUGCUCCACCGUCAUGCUAUACCGUCAUACUCCACUGUCACGCUCUACCGUCAUGCACCACUGACAUGCUCCACCGUCAUGCUCCACCCUCAUGCUCCACCGUCAUGCUCCACCGUCAUGCUCCACCGUUAUGCUCCACCCUCAUGCUCCACCAUCAUGCUCCACGGUCAUGUUCCACUGUCAUGCUCCACUGACAUGCUCCACCUUCAUGCUCCACCCUCAUGCUCCGCCGUCAUGCUCCACUGUCAUGCUCCACCGUCAUGCUCCACCGUCAUACUCCACUGUCAUGCUCCAUCGUCAUGAUUCACUGUCAUGCUCCACCGUCAUGCUCCACCGUCAUGCUAUACCGUCAUACUCCACUGUCACGCUCUACCGUCAUGCUCCACUGACAUGCUCCACCGUCAUGCUCCACCCUGAUGCUCCGCCGUCAAGCUCCACUGUCAUGCUCCACCGUCAUGCUCCACCGUCAUGCUCCAUCGUCAUACUGCACUGUCAUGCUCCACCGUCAUGCUCCACGGUCAUGCUCCACCGUCAUGCUCCACCGACAUGCUCCACCGUCAUGCUCCACCCUCAUGCUCCGCCGUCAUGCUCCACUGUCAUGCUCCACCGUCAUGCUCCACCGUCAUACUUCACUGUUAUGCUCCAUCGUGAUGAUUCACUGUCAUGCUCCACCGUCAUGCUCCACUGUCAUGCUCCACCGUAAUGUUCCACUGUCACGCUCCACCGUCAUGAU